AUGAAAGGAACAAUUUAUAUUUAUAUCUUUACUACUAUUUCUUUUAUAUUAUUAAUUUGUCUUUGGCAUAUAUACCGAAAUUUAUCUUAUAACAAAAAUAAAAUAAUAGUAAGCAAUGAUAUUAUUUUUGAGGAUACUCAUAUUGAUUACAAAAGAGAUAUUUUAAAAGACCAAUAUGCUCCAUGGGAAUUUCCAAUUAAAUAUUUUGUCCAUGCUCCUGUCUCAACUGAAAAUGUAGAAAAAGCAAUAAAAGAAAUAACAGAUAACACUUGUGUUAAAUUUGAAAAAAAAACCGAAUUAAAUUAUAAUGAAAAAGGAUUAGUGUUCUACAAAGAUACAGUAUGUUCUUCAAAUGUUGGACAAUUAAGCACAAAAACCUAUCAAGUUAUUAAGCUUGCACCAGCUUGUUACAAAAACCCAUAUCUUAUUUUACAUGAAAUAGGACAUGCUUUAGGCUUGGUUCAUGAACAUACAAGAAAAGAUAGAGAUAAAUACGUUAAAAUUAACUCUAAUAAUAUGCAAAAUAGUGAAAAUCUAAAUUUUAAAAUACAUAAUUUUCCAGUUUAUAAAAACUAUUCAACUUUUUAUGAUUUUUCUUCAUUAAUGCAUUAUGGUCCAUAUGCUUUUUCUACCUAUUUUAGAUAUCUUUUUGGUUAUAAAACUAUAGAAUCAAAAUUGGAGCGAGAAUAUGAUUGGAUGAUGGGACAACGUAAAAAAAUGACUUUUAAUGAUUAUAAACAAAUUAAUUUAUGUUAUUGCAAUUCGUGUAAUUGGGUUAAUAAUACUACAGGUAGAAGAACAAAACCAACAGACACUACUACAUUAUGUAAAAAUGGAGGUUAUCCAGAUUUUAAAAAUUGUAGUAAAUGUAUUUGUCCUACUGGUUACACAGGAGAUUUAUGUGAUAAAAUCGUUACAAGUGAUAAAAAAUGUGGUCCAACUUUUUUUAAUGUUAAUAAAACUGGAAUUCCUAUAAUACUAAAAGGAAAAAUGAAUUGUUAUAUUUUUUUAAAAACCAAAAAUGGUAAAAAAAUUUCACUCCAAAUAACCUAUGUUAAUGCACCAUAUAAUGAAGACGUUUGUACUGAAGAUAUUGCUUAUCAAAUUAAAUAUAGAAAAGACAAAGGUGCUACUGGUUUGCUUUUAUGUGGUCAUCAUUCAAGAGUUAUAACACUUAAAUCUGAAACAAAUUCAAUUCUUUUAUUUUACAAAGGAAUUUCCGACUUUAGUUUGAUGAUUUUUACUUUUAAACAAGCUGAAUAA